AUGAUUGCAUAUGGCAGCACUGGCCUUCUGACCAAGCUGUUUAGAAGAGUGGCUCCUUCAACAGAAUUCAUUCUGCUGGGAUUAACAAACAAACCAGAUCUCCAACUCCCCUUCUUCUUCCUGUUUCUAGUAAUGUAUAUGGUCACUGUGUUGGGAAAUUUGGCCUUGAUAGUCCUAAUUGGGCUGAAAAAACACCUGCACACUCCAAUGUACUUUUUCCUCUUUAAUUUCUCCUUCAUAGACCUCUGCUGUUCUUCAGUAUUUACACCAAAAAUGCUAAUGAAUUUCUUAUCAAAGAAGAAUGUUAUCUCUUACAUCGGGUGCAUGACCCAGCUCUACUUUUUCUGUUUUCCUGUCAUUUCUGAAUGCCAGGUGCUGACAUCAAUGGCCUAUGAUCACUAUGUGGCCAUCUAUAACCCACUUUUGUAUAAUGUUGCCAUGUCCCCUAAAGUGUGUUCUGGCCUUAUGCUUUGUUCAUACUUCAUGGCAUUUUCUGGUGUGAUGGCCCAUACUGGAGGCAUGCUGACCUUCUGUGAUGAAAACACUGGUAACCAUUAUUUGUGUGACAUCCUCCCUGUGCUCCAGCUCUCCUGCACAAACACCUACAUCAAUGAGCUGGUAAUAUUCAUUGUGGUGGGCAUCAACAUCGUGCCCAGUCUCACCAUCUUUGUCUCUUAUGGUUUCGUCCUCUCCAGCAUCCUCCACAUCAGCUCCGUGGGGCAGGUCCAAAGCCUUCAGCUCCUGCAGUUUCACAUAAUUGCUGUUUCUCUCUUCUUUGGAUCCGGUGCAUUUAUGUAUCUCAAACCGUCUUCGACUGUGUCUAUGGAUGAGGGAAAAAUCUCUUCUGUCUUUUAUACCAAUGUGGUUCCCAUGACAAACCCCUUAAUCUACAGUUUGAGGAACAAAGAUGUUAAAAUUGCUCUGAGAAAAACCCUGAGUAGGAGAAAAUUUUGA